AUGUUUGUGCUCUUCUUGUCGGAAAAACCGGUGACCAAUGUUCAUUAUGAAACGGUAAAAGUAGAAUCAGAGUCGUGGAUAUCAAGGAUAUGCGCAUUCGGCGACAGAAAACGGAGAGUUAUAACCGAAACCGAUUUCUCGUAUUUCUGUUCAAUUGUUGUACCAGAUGCUUUGCCCUCAGAGCUUCGGACGGUGUUUGAUUGGGGGAACUGGGUCUUUCCGUUCGAUGAUAUGUUUGACAAUGGAGGCCUCAAAGAUGACCCCGUACAAGCUCAACAGUUGGUCAACAGUCUGCUAGCGGGCAUGCGAAAUGAUGGCGCUGCAUCAGACAAUAAUGAGGAUAACCCUUUAGUUCAUGUCCAUAAUUCCGUGUGGCAUCGCCUUACCAGGGCUUCCCCAAUUGGUGUCCAGCGCAGGUUUGCAAAAGCGAUGAGGGACUACUGCAGUGGAGCCAUUGAGCAAGUUCACAAUUGUUCUAGGGACGAAUACCCGACACUCGACGAGAUGCUUGCUUUACGCAGACGGUCUUCCGGAGUUUUACCUCUCUUUGCCCUAGUUGAAUAUGCCCACAAACUUGACAUCCCAGACUCAGUCUUCAAGACGAGGAGCGUCCAAGAGAUCGAAAGAAUCGGCAUCGACCUGGUCCUGCUGCAAAACGAUAUUCUCUCUUAUUGCAAAGAGGAGAAGGAGGGCGUAGCGCACAAUAUGAUCGCCAUUUGUCGACGUGCGGGUAUGCCGGCACAGAUGGCAUUUGACCACAUUGGUGACAUGCUCCUCACCCGUUACCGUGACUGGUACCUUGCACUCGCAGACCUGCCCAGUUGGGGUGAGGGGAUCGACUCGGAGGUUCAGCAGUACAUCCGUGGAGUCCAGAAUGUUGUCCGGGCUAAUCUCCACUGGAGCUUCCGCUCAGGAAGAUACUUUGGAGAGGCAAAUGAAGAGGUCCGAAAGAGUGGCAUUGUGACUGUACAGCGACAGAGUGCCGAUGUUGAGCUGUCAAUCCUAUGA